UCUACGAUGGACAACGAACCCCACCGUGGUCCCGCGUGGCCUUCGAUCGAACCUCGCCGAUUCGCGUUACCGGCUUUCGGGCAGCCUCUCUCGGCGACUUGCCCCACACAGCACGGGGGGUUUACUUACACGAGGCCGACGAAGCCCGUCGGGGCACCGCUCGCUCCUCGCCGGGACGCCAUGGGGGCGGCCGGAGGGCCGGGAGGCCGCCCGGAGCCUCCCGAUGGCGGCUGGGGCUGGGUGGUCCUGGGCGCCGUCUUCCUCACCAUGAGCCUCUCGCUGCCCGUGCCCCAGUCGCUCGGCGUGUUCUUCGCCGUUCUGCAGGACGAGUUCGGCGCCUCGUCCGGCGCCACCGCCUGGGUGCCCUCGUGCAUGACGGCCACGUUGCACGCCGCCGGCCCCAUCUCGAGCGCGCUGGCCGGACGGAUCGGCUGCCGUUCGACGGUGCUGCUGGGCGGCCUGCUCACCAGCGUGGGCCUCAUCCUCGCGUCGCUCAGCGGCUCUAUCGGAUACCUCUACGCUGCCGCCAUCGUCAGCGGCCUGGGCAUUUGCCUGUGCUUCCAGCCGGCGCUCACCAUCCUGGGCCACUACUUCCUCCGCCGGCGCUCGCUGGCGAACGGCGUGGCGUCGUCGGGCACGGCGGUCGGCAUUUGCCUGUUGCCGCUCGUGGCGCAGGCGCUGCUGUCGAGGUACGGCUGGCGCGGGGCCUUCCUCAUCAUGGGCUCGCUGAUGCUCAACUGCUGCGUGUGCGCCGCACUCAUGCGGCCCGUGGCCGCCGCCGCCGCCGCGACACCCUCCGCGGACGCUCGCCGGAAGAGCGGCCGCAGGGACACGGGCUUGUGCUGCUGCAUGGCGGAGCGGUGCGGUGAGAAGCCGGGCUCCGCGCCAGACGAGGCGGAGACGCUGGUGCGCAACGGCGGCGUGCCCGAUGGCCGGCGGGCCGCGCCGGGGGCCGAGCGCGGCGGCGAGCCCGGCACGAACCCGAACGGCGGCUCGUGCAGCUGCGGCAGAGCCGGCGGUUUAACCGACGGCACGUCGGGCACCGGCGGCAAGGAGCUCGUCGCGCCGCGGCUGAACGACGACGGGACCCGCGGCGCCCGUGGCCCCGCGCCGCCGGACUUGACUUCGCGGCGCGGUGGCGGCGGGGCGGACGACGCGGCGCGUCUUGCCCCGGCGAACGGGCACAGCCGCGCUCCCGCAGACGCGCCGAUCGGCGGGGAGGGAUCGCCGGGCGGCCGCGAGCAGUCGACGGCCCGCCGGCGCCUUGGCCGCGCCGCCGCCCGGGCCAACCUGGACCUGUUCGGCAACCCGCUGUACAGCAUCUUCGUGUUCGGCACCACGCUCAUGGUGCUGGGCUUCUUCGUGCCGGUCAUCUUCCUGGUGCCGUACGCCCAGUCCAUCGGCAUGAGCGACGAGGAGGCGGCCGCCCUCCUCUCCAUCAACGGCCUCAUCAACAUCUUCGGGCGCCCCGUGGCCGGCUGGGUGGGCGGCACCAAGAUGUUCAGGGGCCGCAGCGUGUACCUGUACAGCGGCGCGGCCUUCCUGAGCGGCGCCAACGACCUGCUGUGCGGCCUCCUGCGGGGCCGCGGGGCGCUGCUGGCGUUCUGCGUGUGCCACGGCCUCACGUGCAGCGUCGUCGGCGGCGUGGUCUUCACCGUCAUCGCCGAGUCCAUCCCCGCCGGGCGCUUCGCCGCCGCGCUCGGCCUCUUCACCGUGCUGGAGAGCGUCUCCUUCCUCGUGGGCCCCCCGGCCGCCGGCUUCCUGGUGGACUACACGGGCGAGUACAGCGUCAUGUUCGUCACCUGUGGCGUCAUCGUCAUGGUCUCCACGCUGUUCAUGGGCCUCGCGACGUACUUCGUGCGACGCCGCGACACCGCCGCCGCCGCCGCCGCCGCCGCCGCGUCCGGCCGCCCCGCCGGGAAGGACCCGGCCACGUGCGCCGGCGCGGUGCCGGACGCCGUCCGCAAAGAGAAGGAGGCCGUCGUUUGAGGGGGACCGACCGGCGUUCCGGCGGGCAGCUCGUUACACGCACCCAGGCGCUCCCUGCCACGAGUGGACCCCGCCGGUGCCCCGCCGGUGCCCCGCCGAUCUCGUCGGGGAGCAUGAAGCACCGUCACGUGAACCCCGGUCAUCCUCGCCAGCGGCGGCUUUUGGCUAGCCCGUCGGACAAAGACGGGCGCCGCGUCGUGAAACUUUCAGACACUCUUCCUUAUUUGAACGCUCUUCCUUCCGAUAUUCGGAAGCCACUGGAGCAAUGUUGUUUUAAAUCAUCAUCUUGAUUGACGAACUUUUUGAGAGCUGCUUUUUUGUGUGUUUAGUUUGUUGUCCUUCCCCCCCCUCCCGCACCGCAGAUUAGCAUGGUUGGCUACGUACGGUGUGAAGGAAGUUCAACCACACUUACAACUGGGAGAUUUAGUGACCGGCCGAGACAUGAAAUCCGGAUAGGGGGCACCACGUGAAAGAGGUUUUUGAUUUCAGUUCGAAAUCUUUCUGCCCAAAGCAAACCUCGACUGGCAUGGAGUGAGAACGCG